AUGCAGAAUAUGCCCUUCAACAUCUCCAUCCCCAUCAACAAGUCCGAAGUCUAUGUCAAUGUCUACGUCCAGGACUUCAUCCAUGUCUCUGCACCAUAUCGAUCCGUCUUCAAGACCGCUAUGGUACCGUACCGUUUCGGUCACAUUUACGCAACACACUUCAGGAGUGGUGAUUCUCCAGAGACCCGCAAGGAACUCGAGGACGCUUAUGCAUCAUGUGCUACCACGUAUUUUGCACUAAAGGAGAGAGACGUGAACUCAAAGAUCCAAGGGCAUAUAUUAUAUCUAAAACUGUUAAGACAGUUGAAAAAUUAUGUCAAGAAUGGGCUGGCAAACUCGGAUCCGGCUGUGUUUUUAUACACCUGUAUGAUGGCUGCACAUUAUGAGGUCCUAACUUCAUCGUCAGCAUUGACAUGGCUAUACCACCUUGCCGCUCUCGGUCGACUGAUAUUGUCACUAGGACCAUAUGCAUUCCACGACCCACUAGCAGGCGCAAUACUUGAAGUAGUCAGGCCAUACAUCCUCAUGAACGCCAUGUUGGAAAGAAAGCGAAGUUUCUUAGAACGUGAAGAUUGGAUAAACAUACCAGCUCAGUACUACCCCGGCGGUAAAAGCUGCUGGAAUCGACUAAUAGACAUCGCUUGUCCGUUCCCUCGUCUAGUAGAAGAAGGAUACGCACUUUCCCAAAAUAUCACCCGCGAAGCCGGCUCUCUCCACGUCCAACGCUGUAUAGACGUAGCUCACAAACUCCUCGCCUGGCGUCGCGAAUGGAACGAAACCUUUGGUCAAGAACCAUACACUUACACAAUCCCGUCAACCUCGAUACCCUACCUUUCGGCAAUAGACGAACAAGGACCCUUAUUCGAAACCAUACUCUUCUUCGAAAACGUCUCAAUCUCCACAACAGUAUAUCAAUACAAUGUCUACAUCCUAGUAUUGAUAUCCCACCUAUCGAAGUUUAUACCAUGGUUCGAACUAUACUUUGGCAAAUACGACCCAUUGACAGAAAAAUUGAAACAAGCGAUCGGUUCCUUCGAAGUUGAACUUGUUUGUCGUGAAAUCGCUAGGUCCGUGGAUUAUCAACGGGCUCCGCAAUUCAAAUUCGGAUCUACGGGGAUGUAUUUCGGUGUUAAGGUCGCAUAUGAUUUUAUCGGACCGAAUAGUCGGUUGGGUAGAUUCUUCGAAAAGGCAGUAAUAGAUUCUCCAUUAAUGAGAAGAACGGGGGGUAUCGCUGCAGAUGAUCUUUUAAAACCAUGGUAUGGGCCCGACCCACCGACAGAAGAACAGAUAUUUAUGAUACAAGAAGAAAGACUGAGGAGGGCGACUCUGGUGACUGAAGUUGAAGAACAACCCCAGCAACAACCAAUGAUGGAUUUGGGAUAUGUUCUUGGUGAUUUUGUUGUUUGA